AAUAGUGCAAUUUCAGUAUUUUCAGUCGAACUGCGAGAAGCAGAAGUCAAACGGAAUAUCUUACCAUGAAUAGUAAUAUCAACAGUUUUGUGUUUGUUUUGGAAAUUAAGCAGCUGAUUUGCUGAAAACAGACGCUGAAUUUUAUUCAAAGUUUUUGAAUUUUAUUGAUAGUUUAAACAAAGUUGACAAAUUUGAAAGCCAACAAUUCAACAGCAAUUAUUAUUGGAGCAAAAGCAAACUGACUUACUGUACUGUAAUUCAUGACUACUAAAGACUUACAUUGAUUUUUGUUUUGGUGGAAAAUUUUUCAAUUUCAUUGACAUUGUAAAUUAAUAAUUUUCUUUUAAUUUACUCUUUUCUGCUAAUAAUUAUUUAUCGUUUGGAAAGUUUAAGGAUAAUUUAAAAAAAUUAAGGUUCCUAAUGGUUCGGCAUAAAUAAUUAAUUUGAUAAUAAUUUACUUUUCCAACUGUUUCCGCAUGAGUCGAAGUUGUUUAAUUGUUCAUGUCUAUUUCAGUUCUUUAAAAAGUACUAAGCAACAAACAACAAGUCACAGAACUUGGUUUUAUCUUCAAAUAAUAAUGCGACUGAGAAUUCAAUGGGAAAAGCUUUAAUCAAUAUUUCGAAAGUUCAUCCAGCAACAUCUGGCCCUAUAAAAAAAUAUUUUCUAACAACAUUUCUUGUAGCAACAUAUCUCAAAAACACUUAAAUAUUCGCAGAUGAAACACCUACUUUGUCUUUGUUUCUUCUUCUAUAGUACUUAAACAACACCUUUGUUUGAGAAUUAUUUGUUUCCGUAUAUUUUUUCUCACAUAAAUUUCAAGUGACAUUAGCAAUCAAACAAAUCAUGUCACUUGUUUAAACAAUCAAUGAAAAUUAUUACAUUUAUUAUUAAUGCCAACUAUAUGGCAUUAUUGACCCUACUUAUCGAAAACGUAAAAUCACCCAUUUUUUCUAAGGUAUUCUUAACCCUACCGACAAAAUAAAUAAAAACACAAAUCGGCUGAAAAGAGUUAAUUAAAUUCAAACUAAUCCAUAAAAUUUCAGUUAUGUAAAUUUGAUUUGUUGAUGUUGGAAAUAAUACAGGGUGCAUAUUUUCAUGCGUGACCUAGGUUUUCAAGGCUAACUUAAUCCAACUUUAGAAGAAUGAAGAAGUUUGUUUAAGGGCAUUUCAAAGGCCAAGAAAAGGUAUCAAAAUAUUUGGUUAGAAGACCAAGAUUUAUUUCGUGCUCAACUGCAAUAUCACUUUGAAAAACUGGGAUAUUAGAAGAAAUAACCAAGAGAAAUUCAAAUCGUGUCAGCAGAACAAUUCCAUGCAACUUUAUCAACCAUCAACAAAAAACACCCUGUAAAUAAAUAACUGCUAGAUUCAUGUUUACAUUCGAAAGAAAUACUUAUCAGUCAUGAAUAUUUCUACAACAAGUCGGGUCGCUUUCGUCAUGUUACUUUUUUCUGUUGCUGAAUUUUUGAAAAUACAAGCCGAAUUAAACACAAAGCUUAUAAAUUUAAUCGAAAAUCUUAACAAAGUCAACCGUUUUGAAACUAUUUUUCUCCUCAAAUCAUCCAAGGAAUCUUACUUCAACGACAAAUUCAUACGAAGCAUUACAAGUUCCCUUCAAAUUCCAGUAAUUCUAACAACUGGAGUGUCUUCAUUUUACUUGAAGGAAAGAUUCAAUGAAAAUCUCCUAACUAUUGUGGAAACUGAAUCAAGUCAAUUAUUUCUUCAGAGACUUUUGGAAGAUCUACAACACCUUCGACAUUGUAAGACAAUUUUUGUGUUGAAGAAUUCUUCAAAAAAAGAUGAAGAACUGAAGAAUGUUUUCAAUUUCUGUUGGCAAAAUAGAAUGGUGAAUGUUAUUGCAGUUUUUGAAAACUUCGGGCAAUCUUCAACUUACUACAGUUACAACAAUUUCGGAAAUUUCAAAAUCGAAGAAAUCAUCUGGAACAAAAAUGAUUUGCAGGUUUUUCCAAAUCGAAUGAAGGACCUUCAGGGUAUUACAUUGCCAAUUCUUUUUGGAGGCCCAGAACCAGCAGUGAUUGUGUCAAAAUCUGCUAAUGGCAAUACGAUAAUUGGAGGUUACGUGGGGCAUAUCUUCAAUACGCUUGCCAAAAAGCACAAUGCUAGGUUAAACACAUCGAAUGUUAACACAUCACUCUCGUCUUACAACAUUCAUCAGCGUAUUUUGGAUGGAACUUUUGAGAUAUCAGGUGCAACUAAAAAACUCGAAAAUAUUGAAUGGUUUUCAUAUCCAUUUACCAUUACUAACUGGGGCGUAAUGGUUCCAGUAGAACAUAAAAUCCCCAUCAAUAAGGUGUUUGCUUUUGUAUUUCAUUGGAAGGUAUUUGCUUUAACAAUAGUGGUAUUCAUUUUGUUGUCUAUUUCCUUGGAAGCAGCUACUAAUUGGAACUUAUUCACAUGGAAACUCUUCUUCAAUAUGGAUUGUUUUCGUGGAAUACUUGGACAGUCUUUUCCUAAAGUACCAAAAACCUCAUGUAGCACAAAAAUCAUAUAUUCAUUGAUCUUUUUGUUAGGAAUUAUAAUGGUCACUUCUUAUGAUGCAUUUCUUCAAUCAUUCAUGACCCAUCCACCAAGAAAAAAAGUAAUAAAAUCCUUCGAUGACCUCAAAUCCUCUGAUCUAAAAAUUUAUAUUAUGAAAUCAGAUUUAGAUGAUUAUUUGAACCAAUUGAAGCCUAAAUUUGUGGAAAAACAUUCAAAAUUAUUUCUUAGCGAAAGUGAUUUUGUGACUUUUGGGAGAUUCCGUGACACUUUAAACACCAAGUAUGCCUUCACUGUGCCCGAGCUCAAAUGGAGGAUUUAUGAAAAUCAACAAAAAUUCUUUAAUAGACAAAUAUUUCGUUGGUCUGAAGAAUUGUGUCUUGUGGAGAAUAUUUUCUCAGCAAGUUCGAUAAAUGAAAAUUCAAUUUAUAAGAAAAUUUUAAAUUUUCAUAUCUUGGAAACACAAUCAAGUGGUUUGCUGGAUUUCUGGAUGAAGAAGGCUUUUUAUGAGCUACUUGGUGUUGGAAAAAUUCGAAAACUUAAAUUUGGUUUCGAUCGUAAGCUGCAACCAUUGAAAGUUGAAGAUUUGAAAUGGAUUUGGAUAUUUAUGGGAUUGGGAUUGAUGGCGGGUAUUUUGUGUUUCAUUGGAGAAGUUUUUGUUUUUAAAUUCAACAGUAGAUCAAUUAUUGUGUAAACCAAAAGAUGUCCUAAU